AUGGAGAAACUUACACCACUCUCAUUAAAAAAUCGACCUUACUUUAUUGACUGUGUUCAAUGGAGUGAAGACUGCCAAUUGGCUAUUUGCCUAGACAUGAAUGUUCACAUUAUUACACCCAUUUUAAUAGGUCUUUCGUCAAACGAAGAAAGUGUCAAGCAUGUUGGGUUCACUUUACCCGAAUUGAAGCUUACUUCUUCAGCGCCCAUAGACGACUGCAAUAAUAUACAGACUUCAUUUCUGCUCGAGGAAGGAUACCGUUGUGCCAACUGGUCACCAAGUGGAUUAUCUCAAACAAAUGGUUGUUUUUUAGUGGUUGUUACUACCAAACAUAGAGCUCUUAUAUAUCAAUGUUCAGCCAAAGAUCCCAUUAAUUCUGACUGGCAGCUGUAUGCAGACCUUACCGAGAGUGUCAAUGCCAAUGCCAUUACACAUGAUCAUCCCACCAAGGGAGACCCUCAUCAUACUUUAUACGCUGCUUGGUCUAAAAAGAUCGUGGCAGAUCCUUUUAGCACUUCACCAUGUCUUCUUGCAUUAUCCAACAAGGCAGGAGACUUGUGCCUCUAUAAAUUAGGACACGACGGUAUCGAAUACAGCACAACUAUUACAGCGCAUACAUCCUAUGUCAACCUUGUUCACUGGUCUAAUUGGCAGAAAAAGACUGAGGGCAAAUAUACUGCAUAUGUUGCUUCAGCAAGCACAAACGGCACUGCAGCACUUACAGCGGUCACGGUCCAGAUAGAAACGGACGAGGAAAAUCAUACGACGAUUAAAGAUAUUCAGUAUUCGAUUUUACGCCAAUGGUUCGAUGAAGGUUCAUCCGUUCCCACCUUGUUGAAAGUGCACGACGAUUUUGAAAACGAUUCACCUUUUAUUCGUAUUGCUUUAUCCAAAGGGAUUACAAUUCGUUUCACAUCACUUUUAGUAGACGAGGCUGUCAUGGACGUGGAUAAGGAAUGGGAAAUGCACGUGUUGGAACACUCGGCAUUGGGAUUAUCAGGAGGAAACUGGAUCAAUGAUUUUGAUUUCAGAUGCUAUACGGUGGAAGGCGAAGGACUUCAAUUUCAUUUGAGUGCAGAAGAUGAAUUGACCGUGGAUGAAGUCGCACAUAAAGAAAUCAGUAGUAAACUUAUUCAGAAAUACAAGCAACAGUGGAUGGAUGAACAAGAGAAAGCUGAUGAAGAUGAUAUUGUUGGUGCAUCUGAUGCUUUACCUUACUUAUUUGGCGGAGCAGAUUCAUUGGGACAUAUAUAUACAGCAAUCUACUUUGCUAUGAGGCCGACAGUGGAUGUUCAUUAUCGUCCCGAGUCUACAGAAGACACAAACUUGGCAUUUAUUUUACAAAAGCCUCGUGGAUUAUUGACAGAAAACUUACUUACCGAUGUAGAUACAUAUGUAACUGAUCCAAAUUUCUUCUUUGUAAAACCCGUGCGAGGAUUACUAAGAGAGGUUCUGGAUUACUUAAUUGAGGAUGAUGAUGCUACGCAUAUUGAUAGAUGGCUUAGUAAAUUAAAAGAAUAUAUGGCGGUUAAACCAGUACUAGAUGGUCGAGACCUUACGAAAGCGAUAUAUUGUGAAUCGAGCACGAUCGCGAGCCGCAUCAUAUUUAACGCGGACCUCGAAUUGAAAAAGUACAAGAUGGUCUUGUUCAAAACCGAAUUCUUACAGUCCUGUGUGGAAGCCAAACAGAAUACAUUGAGCCAUUUUUUGGCCCAUGUGUUUGAUUAUGUGUCGAGAUUACCGGAUACGGAGUUUAGUAAGUUUAGCGAACAAGACCAAAUGGUGAUGCUCUUGCUAUGUGAUUUUGGCUUGACGAUAUCCAACAGCGAUUUGACAGCCCAGUGUUUGGAGAUGUAUGUGCGAUUACAGGACAAUUUCGAUCAGUUGGGUCUGUACCAAGAAAUUGCCUAUUCCAGUUCGCCCUAUGGUCCUUAUAACCCUAAACCCAGAGAGAAAUGUCCUGUUUGUGAUGAACUUGUGCGAGCUAUUGGGGAUAGUACGUUGGCUCAAUGUGAUGCCGGCCAUUUCUGGGAUGUAUUUAUUGCGGUGGAGGUUUAUUAA